CAACGAAAGCGGAUAGUCUUCACCAUGUCUGGUCUGUUUGUCAUCUGCUCUGCCAUGGUUGUGUGGGGGGCCACGGCUGCCACGUACUGCACAGAGCAGAUACUGAACAUUGAGUCCUUCCCAGGAGAUUCCGUCGGGAUCCCGUGCAGGUUUGUCUAUACCAAAUCCAUCGGUCUUGUUUCAGAUGUGGAAAUUGCCUGGAAAGCUGGGCCGCACCAUUACUGUGGAAAUGAAAUAAAUAACAAAAGCAGAAAUUAUACAGCACCAAGGUACCAGGGCAGAUUGUCUGUAAUGGGGGAUCCUCGGACUGGUAAUGUGGCCCUUACUCUAAUGAAUGUGACAGCGGCAGAUGGGGUCAACUACUGCUGCCGGAUCCUACUCAGACUUCCAGAUGGAACGACGAGACAGUGGCAAAGCGCCAGUGGCACCAAGCUGACCAUACGGGGUCCCUCGGAAAUGACUGUCCAUCAGCCCCCACUCAUCCCGGCCCUGGCUGGGGAUACGGUGACCAUUCCCUGCCAUUUCUACACCAAUGACAAGGUGUCUGUAGCCGACGUACAGUGGGGCUAUGGUAGUUAUUCAGCUUGUGCAACAGCUACUUAUGGUACCACUGGUCUCCAUGGAAAUAAUCUAGAAGGGCAAAGCACUCAGUUAGGGGCAGGCCUGGCUUCCAUUCAGAUCCACCAAGUGAAACGGUCCGACAGCGGCUGGUACUGCUGCAAGCUGCGCGUCACCGGAGAUGGAAAGUCCUAUUCAAGGGAACGGAAUAUCGGGACAUAUCUUUUUGUUAAAGACAGAACCAGUGAAUUAAAUAUCAGGCAGCCAAAUGAAGUAACAUUCUCCAGCUCUGCCACCAUCAGCUGCAGCUUCAGCCUCCCCCCAGGCAAUGAUCCCUUGUGGCUCAAAGUCUACUGGAUGUUUGGGAACCCAAAUGAGGGCUUUGCCUAUCACCCUGACCCAGAAUUUAUUCAUCCAAUUUACAAAGGCAAAACCAGACUGGUGGGUCAGUCAGACCUGUAUCUGGAAGGGGUCGAUGGGAUGGAUAACUCCUCCUUCUACUGCCGCGUGGCAAUGCGCCUGUGCAAAGCCACCGAUCCCUACAGAGUCGACAUUUUAAUAGAGGAAGGAGCUGGGACAUUACUACGAGUAAAUGAUAUAUCUUCAAAUUGGAUUCUCUAUGUCAUCAUAACACUACGGUGUGUGGCAAUCUGCAUUCUCAUCCCCUGUGGGAUUCUGGGAUAUGUAAAAUUAAGAGGACUGAUCCAUAAAACUUCUAACAAGCAAAGGAAGUAACAGCCCAGUUGCCUUAUUGAGCUGUUACUGGGGCCUUAUAAUGACUGUAGAAUCCUCAGAAGUGUUUGAAGCCCUUGGAUCAGAGGCGGGACCAUAAAUGAUGAAUUCCAGGUUCUGUAAUACUUUACUGGGACGUAGUGAAGAAUAAAGGGCAGAUGUUUUCCAAAUGUUGUUGGAUAAUUGUUAUGAGUUUUAGCUGAAAUGUUUUUGGUCAUCGUAGUUUAUAGUAUUUGUAGCGUUAUAGUUCAUUAUACUACAUUACACGCUCUGCCUUUCUCAAAAAAUCUUAAUCUUAGGUAUGAGAUAUUCUUAGGCAUGUUGAUGUUUUUAUAUUACUAUAUUACAUUUGUUUUUUAUAAAAUAUUUUUUUUUAAUAAAAUCCCUUUCUACCUGU